AAGAUUUGUGUUCACACCCAACUGUCUUUUUCCAUCAAACCUAUGAAACAGGCCUAAAUAAACAAACAAACUCUCAAUAGAAACAGAAACCAAAGACAACAUCAAAACGUUACUGUUCUGUUGUUCAACCCUGGUUCAAUGCCUUUUGUAACGGUCUCUUUUUGCUCUUAUGGUUUUGUUUUGAGCAUUUAGAUGGAUGAUGAUGAAGAAGAGGACCUGUGAUCUCUGUGUUUGUGUGGGGAUUCAUGAAUUUAGCUACAGGUAGAGGUUUUUGAAUGAUGAUGGUGAAAGAGCAGAGGGAUAUAAAACCUCUUUUAUUGAAGUUUGGAGUGGCUUUAGCCAUCUCUUUUGCUGGAUUUCUCUACUCUCGCCUCAGAACGAAAAGGAUCAAACCCUCACCACCACCCCACUCGCCACGUUCUUUGGAUCAUGGGAAUGAAGUUAAUUUAAAAGGUGGAAGAGCUUGGCCUAAAGAUGAUCUUCUUGGCAUAAAAACAACAUCCAUUUCCUCCAAUACCGUUUCUGUUGCAGCUGAAUAUGAUGAGACAUUCAUACCGAAGGUCUGUGUUGACUCCAUAGCUGGAUUCUCUCCCAGCAGUAAAAGUAGUGGAGAUAAAGAAGAGCUCCUCUUGCCAGAGUUUAAUGAUCUUGUGAAUGAACUUGACUUUGCAGCUGCAAAGGCUGGCUUUUCUCCAAAGACUGAUGUUGAAACACCCAGGUCAAAUAUAGAUACUUCAAAAGCCUUUAGAAGUACUGAAAACGAUGAAUAUGAGCAAGAGAUCUGGCACCUGAGGAACAUGGUCAGAGUGCUUCGGGAGAGGGAGAGAAAUCUUGAACUCGAAUUGCUUGAGUAUUAUGGCCUUAAAGAGCAAGAAACUGCUUGCAUGGAGCUCCAAAAUCGAUUGAAGAUAAACAAUAUGGAGGCUAAGCUAUUUACUCUCAAGAUUAAUUCCUUACAGGCGGAUAACCAGAGGCUAGAGGCACAAUUGGCUGAACAUGGGAAGGUGGUGGCUGACCUUGAGGCUGCAAGAGCAAAGAUUAAACUGCUCAAGAAGAAACUUAGGUCUGAAGCUGAACAGAACAAGGAGCAGAUCUUAGCCCUUCAACAAAGAGUUUUGAAGUUGCAAGACCAUGAAUACAAGGAUGCUCCAGGUGAUCCGAAUAUUCAAUUAAAGUUGCAUAGGCUAAAGGAUCUGGAGGUUGAGGUUGAAGAGUUAAAAAAGUCUAAUUUGAGAUUGCAGAAAGAAAAUACUGAAUUGAGUCGGAGGUUGGAAUCUACGCAAGUCCUUGCAAAUUCUGUUUUAGAAGAUCCAGAGGCGGAAGCACUUAGGGUGGAGAGUGAGCACUUGAGACGCAAAAAUGAGGAUCUUGAAAAGGAAAUUGAGCAACUUGAAACAGAUCGAUGCUCUGAUGCUGAGGAAUUAGUCUAUCUGAAGUGGAUAAAUGCUUGCUUACGAUAUGAGCUUCGAAAUUUUCAGCCUCCUGAUGGUAAAUCAGUGGCAAGGGACCUGAGCAAAACAUUAAGCCCCAAAUCUGAGGAGAAAGCCAAGCAGUUAAUACUUGAAUAUGCACAUUCUGAAGGGAUGGGAGAAAAAGGGAUCAGCAUUAUAGAUUUUGAUUAUGACCAAUGGUCAACUUCUCAAACUUCUGCUCUUACAGACUCUGGAGAGUUUGAUGAUUUUUCUGUAGAUAAUUCAUCUGCAACCAAAACCAACAGCUCAAGCAAGCCAAAAUAUUUCCACAAACUUAGAAGAAUACUUCUUCAUGGAUAUUUAUCAUCAGAAAAGUCUGGAUCUUUAGAAGAUGCUGAUUCCUCAAGAAGUUCAGGUAUUUCAACAGGAAUGUAUGCUGACACUGUGGGGCAUAGGAAUAAAUUCAAAAGUCUUCAGGGUUCAUCUAGACUCUCUUUUGAUCUCAACAGAUUCAAGAGUAAAGAAGAAAACUUCAAGGAUAUAGAUGGUGCCGAAAGAAAUAGUGAUGUGGGAUCCUCUUAUUCGUACAAGAGAUUUGUUUUGGGUAGGGAGGGUUCUGAUUUGGCUCUAAAAAGCACACUUGAUCAUCACUCAGAUGACACCGAGAAGUAUGAGUUGAUGAAAUAUGCAGAAGUUUUAAAGGACUCUCUGCCUCAGGGUGGAAAACCCAGUGUUCAUAGAAGAGCAUCAUCCUAUAGUUCCUGUUAACAGAUUGCCAUUUGUAUACUUAACCUAAAAUAUCACCGUUUGACAAUAGUAGCUGCACCUUUUCCACACUUUUUCAACUGUUUAUACAUAGGCAAUAAAACAUAGUGAAGGAAUUUACUACACAAUGGGAAGGUACCGUAUCCUUUUGCUUAGAAACCAGUCAGAAGCUUAAUUUUUCCGUUUGAGAAUGCAUGUUUGAUGACUGACAAGUGUUCAUGUAGAAGCUUAGUUCUAUGUAUGAAAACAAAGUUUUCUACUUUUUGCAGCUGAAACUUGUAGAUGAAUGGUUAAUCUUUUCGUUUUCCUUCU